UGGAUUUCUCCACCAGGAGGGAGGACAAACAAGCUUUUUUCUUGCCUUCUGGGCAGCUUUGUGUGCUCUCCAGCACGGAGUCCGAGGAGGAACAGCGAAGCUGAAAAUAAAAAUUAUUCUGGCGCUGGACCCAAUCGCUCUACGGCAUCAAUCUCAUCAGACCCCCCCACCCUACCGCCUCUCAGAAAUGACCACUUUUGCAAAAUUGCAUGCAUUUCCAAGCUUCAUCCGGCUCCAGGCUUGGCCUCUCCGAGAGGCAGGCGGCUUGUGAGACGGGCUCCAGAGAAAAGACCUCCCUGGGUCUCUCAUUUCCUGGCUGAAGUUUCUCUUCUCGCUGCUGUGGCAGCAUCCAACCCACACACAGGACCCGCAUCCUGGGUGAUGAAGUCAGACACGCAGCAGCUGGGUGAGUGCUAACGCUCAGAUAAGCAUCUGUGCCAUUGUGGGGACUCCCUGGGCUGCUCCGCACCCGGACACUUGCUCUGUCCGCGCCAUGUACAACGGAUCGUGCUGCCGCAUCGAGGGGGACACCAUCUCCCAGGUGAUGCCGCCGCUGCUCAUUGUGGCCUUUGUGCUGGGCGCACUAGGCAAUGGGGUCGCCCUGUGUGGUUUCUGCUUCCACAUGAAGACCUGGAAGCCGAGCACUGUUUACCUUUUCAACUUGGCCGUGGCUGAUUUCCUCCUUAUGAUCUGCCUGCCUUUUCGGACAGACUAUUACCUCAGACGUAGACACUGGGCUUUUGGGGACAUUCCCUGCCGAGUGGGGCUCUUCACGUUGGCCAUGAACAGGGCCGGGAGCAUCGUGUUCCUUACGGUGGUGGCUGUGGACAGGUAUUUCAAAGUGGUCCACCCCCACCACGCGGUGAACACUAUCUCCACCCGGACGGCGGCUGGCAUCGUCUGCACCCUGUGGACCCUAGUCAUCGUGGGAACACUGUAUCUUUUGCUGGAGAACCAUCUCUGUGUGCAAGAGACGGCGGUCUCCUGUGAGAGCUUCAUCAUGGAGUCGGCCAAUGGCUGGCAUGACAUCAUGUUCCAGCUGGAGUUCUUUCUGCCCCUCGGCAUCAUCUUAUUUUGCUCCUUCAAGAUUGUUUGGAGCCUGAGGCGGAGGCAGCAGCUGGCCAGACAGGCUCGGAUGAAGAAGGCGACCCGGUUCAUCAUGGUGGUGGCCAUUGUGUUCAUCACGUGCUACCUGCCCAGCGUGUCCGCUAGACUCUAUUUCCUCUGGACGGUGCCCUCGAGCGCCUGCGAUCCCUCUGUCCACGUGGCCCUGCACAUCACCCUCAGCUUCACCUACAUGAACAGCAUGCUGGAUCCCCUGGUGUAUUAUUUUUCAAGCCCCUCGUUUCCCAAAUUCUACAACAAGCUCAAAAUCUGCAGUCUGAAACCCAAGCAGCCAGGACACUCAAAAACACAAAGGCCGGAAGAGAAGCCAAUUUCGAACCUCGGUCGCAGGAGUUGCAUCAGUGUGACAAAUAGUUUCCAAAGCCAGUCUGAUGGGCAGUGGGAUCCCCACAUUGUUGAGUGACACUUAACGAGCAGACCAACCACACUGAGGAACAUAGAGUGGUGAUUUAGAAUUAACUCAUGCUAGGGGGGUCGGGGGCUUUGAAAAUGCUACCCCCCUUUCUUAUUGCAAGACGGCUUCAUGCACAGGAACUGCAUCCUUCUCAUUCUGUCGGAAAUGAAAUUCACACAACUAUACCUUCUGGGGAGGUUCCAGUUGAUUGAAGUGAGUUGGCUGCAUUUUCUUAUCUGAUCACAAUGGCAGGGGACAGAAUGUGCAUGGAGUGGAGCGUGUGUGUGUUGGGAGGAGGGCUAGGAACUGCACAGCCCCUGUGUAAUUUUUGUUGUUUGUUUUUGUUUUGAGACAGAGUCUCGCCCUGUCUCCCAGGCUGGAAUCAAGUGGCACAGUCUCGGCUCACUGCAACCUCCGCCUCCCGGGUUCAAGCAAUUCUCCUGCCUCAGCCUCCCGAGUAGCUGGGAUUAGAGGCACCAGCCAACACACCCGGCUAAUUUUUGUAUUUUUUGUAGAGACAGGGUUUUGCCAUGUUGGCCAGGCUGGUCUCGAGCUCCUGACCUCAGGUGACCCGCCUGCCUUGGCCUCCCAAAGUGGUGGGAUCAUAGGCGUGAGCCACGGUGCCCGGCCUCCCGUGUGUCAUUUUAAAUGGCUAAGUAAAUGGGUAUAUGUGUUUAAAUGGGGCAUGUUCUCUCUCUUAGGGGGUAGGGGGCAGUUAGUAGCACUUCAUAUCUUCUGACCUUAAAUCAUUCC